ACAAAAAGAUAACAUCGCGGCGUUUUGGUAAAAUCUUGCCGAAUGCAGAUCAGUGUUGAGAACCGGGGGCUCAAGGCAUGUCUGGGGAGGAGGAGAAGGAGCGAGACGAACUUGCGGAGUCUCUCAAAGGUCUCUUCUCCAAUCUCUCCACCAUUAUCAAAGCCGAGCUUCAGGGGACAAACAAUCAACUAGAACUUUUGGAGAAGAUGAAUCUCAAGGUGGCAGAAGAGUACAAGGGCUUCGGUGAUGUAGCUUCUAGGUUAAGGGUUUUCGUGGAGCAGCUUAAGUCCAAAAGUGGUAAUUUUUAUGAGUAUGUUCAGCAAAUUGAUGCAAUAGAGCAGCAAGUGACAGAAUUUGAAGCCGUAAUUUCAUUGCUCUAUAAGUACGUUUCUUUGUUAGAAUCAAAAGUUCAAUAUGUUUACCAAGUUCCACCUCCGUAAACAUAUUUUCUUGUAGAUGAAAUUGUUUCCAAUAUCUUGAUUAUGUGUCUAAAGUAAAAGUGUUAUGUUUUUCAAAA